AUGGCUACUAGAACCCAAUUUGAAAACUCUAAUGAAAUCGGUGUCUUCUCCAAGCUAACUAAUACAUAUUGUUUGGUUGCUUUGGGUGGCUCUGAAAACUUUUAUUCUGCUUUUGAAGCUGAACUAGGUGAUUCUAUUCCAAUUGCUCACACUACCAUUGCUGGUACUCGUAUUAUUGGUAGAAUGACUGCUGGUAACCGUAGAGGUCUUUUAGUUCCAACACAGACUACUGAUCAAGAAUUACAGCAUUUAAGAAACAGUUUACCAGACUCUGUUAAAAUCCAAAGAGUUGAGGAAAGGCUAUCUGCUUUAGGUAAUGUUGUUUGUUGCAACGAUUAUGUUGCUCUAGUUCAUCCUGAUAUUGACAGAGAAACCGAAGAAAUAAUAAGUGAUGUCUUAGGUGUUGAAGUGUUCCGUCAAACCAUUUCAGGCAAUAUUUUAGUGGGCUCGUAUUGUUCCUUAAGUAACCAAGGUGGUUUGGUUCAUCCUCAAACUUCUGUUCAAGACCAAGAAGAAUUAUCAUCAUUACUACAAGUUCCUUUGGUUGCAGGUACAGUGAACCGUGGUAGUGCAGUUGUUGGUGCGGGUAUGGUUGUUAAUGACUAUUUGGCUGUUACUGGUCUCGAUACCACUGCCCCAGAGCUAAGUGUUAUUGAAAGUAUUUUCCGUCUACAAGAUGGUAACCCAGAUUCUAUUUCUGGUAACUUACGUGAUACAUUAAUCGAAACUUAUUCAUAA